ACUUAAUUCUUUUUCCCUUUUAAUCUCAAAAUUCCAUGAGUUCCUUUGCCCCAACAUCUCGUAAUACCGUUCAAAUCCCUAAACCUUUUCUUUUUCUCUCCAUGAGGGAAUGGAAGAAAAUUACAGGAGGUUGAAGGAGAUAAACAAGAAGUUGAGAAGGGAGAUUUAAUGGAAAUUAUAUCCUUUUCCCAACUAUGAAUUUGUUAUUAUUUUGUUUCAUUUUAUUGGUUGAUUAGAAUGGGGGAGAUAAAGGACAACGAUGCCUACGAGGAAGAGCUUCUCGACUACGAAGAAGAAGAUGAAAAAGUCCCUGACUCUGCCUCCAUUAAGGCUGCUGAUUCUGCUAAGAAGGGGUAUGUUGGAAUUCACAGUUCGGGAAUCAGAGACUUUCUGCUGAAACCGGAGCUGCUUCGAUCUAUUGUGGAUUCUGGUUUUGAACAUUCUUCCGAAGGUAAUCACGAUUCAGGUAAUCACUAUAAUGGACGAUUUUGAUGACUCUGAUAUCGAAUUGCAGUCACAGUUAUAAGAGUUAUCAUGCAUAGUCCCAAAAGCAAAGCAAAUGCUGAUACUAUUAUUGAAAGGUGUGCUGGUGCAGGGCAUUUACGAGAUGAUAUCCUCCAUUAUAGUAAGGAACCAGCUGAAUACUUGCUUACUGACCUGCCAAGCUCUUAUGGCGAAGGUGCAACCAGCAGCUCAAUGGGGUUUGACAAGGAACUGAACAAGGAAGUUGCUAUUAAAUUUAUUGAUUUAGAAGAACCGCCCAUGCAUGAAGUUACGUUUUCAACAGAAGACAAACCAAAACUUCUUAGUCAGAAACACAUGCCCUAUGCCCUAUUUUCGUUUAAGGACCGCCAAGGAAAUUCUGAAACUGAAAGCUGAUUGAUCGGAUGUGUAUGUCGGCUUUCAUCAACUACUUUCGAAGGCCUUACUAGGAAUUGAAAUGGUGUGCAAAGAGAUUGCUUCUUCUGAUCUGAUUUUUCGAUAUAAAUACUGGACAAAGUAUGGAUAUUUCUUGUCAGUUGCAUUUUGUCAGUUGCAUUUUCUGUUGUUAGUAAAAUAGGAUUCUCUUCUUAGGAUUUUAGUUUCUUCACUUGUAUUAGACUCAACAAUGGCUUGCAUUGCAUUGGUGUUGAUUUUACCUAAAUUUUGAGGUUUAUAAUUUAUAAUUUUUAUUAAUUAUUUA